AUGUCUCGCACCGUCCGGCUCGCCGCCGCCCAGAUGGGCACCGCCAACAACUGGGACGACUGCGAGAAGACCCUGCAGCGGAUGAUCGUGCUGCAGGGCGUCGACAUCGUCGCCGGCGGCUUCAACACCAAUGGAUACGCGCCACAGUUCUGGGGCCGCGACCUCUCUCUCUGCCAUACCGGGCGGACCCGCACCUUGGACUUCACCCGCCUCCGCCGCAUCGAGCACUACGGCCGUAUCACCAGCCAGACCGGCACACAACCAUCACACCCCUCCCCCGCCGCCAUCCUCUCCACCAGCACCGCGCUCCCCGCCCUCCGCCCCCUCAUCAGUCACCACGACGCCCUGCUCGUCGCCUGCUUCAGCCACCACCCGCUCAUCCGCGCCCUGCGCGAAGAACACACCCUCCCGGUGAUCGGAAUCAUGGAGGCGAGUCUCUUCGCCGGGCGCACCCCGAAAGGGGAAUCAGCGAAGACAGACUCCAGUUGUAACAAGACCAAUCCGUUAGACCUGAUCCAAUCCAUGACAUCCAAGCCCCAACGUAACAUCACCGACUAUCAGGGAACCAAACACCAGAAGCGUGAUUGA